GUCAGUCAGGCAGGCGUAGCUUCACGCGGUUACGCGCUCCGUGUCGGAGGUCGGAGCACAACGACGGGCGAGUUACAGGUAUACAAGCUGCCUCGGCCUAUAUAUCUCGUGUCCGCGGUGCGCAUUGCAUCUCGUGUGUUCCCGUGCAACAUGUAAUGUCGCGUCGACGAGGAAACCAGGGGAUACAAUCGGCGCAUCCGGUGGGAUAAAUUGCCUCCCUCCCGGACGGGUGGGGUCAAGCGAUCGCUGUCAUUCACGUUUGGCGAACGAGUUGACGAGUAAUGCGAAUCGCGUGAGGGGAUCUCCGAUCCGAUCGAGCAACGCUGGUCAUGGCCCGACCUAUCGUGCCGAGCCAGCAGAAGCUGGCCGAGAAGCUGAUCAUCCUGAACGACCGGGGCGUAGGUAUGCUGACGCGCAUUUACAAUAUCAAGAAGGCAUGCGGCGACGCGAAGUCGAAGCCCGCCUUCCUCUCCGACAAGGCGCUCGAGUCCUCCAUCAAGACGAUCGUCAGGAAGUUCCCCAACAUCGACAUAAAGGGGCUGCAGACCAUCAUGAACAUACGUAAUGAGAUCAUCAAGUCCCUGUCGUUGUACUACUACACGUUCGUCGAUCUGCUCGAUUUCAAGGACAACGUGUGCGAGCUCCUGACCACCAUGGACGCAUGCGGCGUCCACAUGGAUAUCACGAUUAACUUUGAUUUGACUAAAGGUUAUCUGGACCUCGUCGUCACGUACGUCAGCCUGAUGAUCCUCCUGUCGCGCGUCGAGGAUCGCAAGGCAGUGCUGGGGCUCUUCAACGCCGCUCACGAGAUGGUGCACAGCCAGUCGGAUCCCAGCUUUCCUCGUUUAGGUCAGAUGAUUAUGGAUUAUGACGCUCCUUUGAAGAAGCUCUCCGAGGAAUUCGUGCCGCAUUCUAAAUUGCUGAAGAACGCCCUAACCUCAUUGUGGCCGGUGUAUCCUGGUAGAAACCUGUCCGCUGACACGUGGCGUGCCGAUCAGAAGCUGAGCCUCGUCGGCAGUCCCGGGCAGAUACUGAAAGCGGCCGCGACAGACACUAUGUCCUGCGAGACGUUGAGCUUGGACAGAAUCGAGAGAUGGGUGAUUCUGGGAUUUACUCUUUGUCACACGUUCUUGAGUCAGGAGCAGCCGAGCAAGCUGUGGAUCACCGCUCUGGAAUCCGGUUGGGUAUUGGCGUUGUUCAGAGACGAGGUGAUUUACAUACAUCAGUAUAUCCAGACAUUCUUCGAGGGCAUGAAAGGAUACGGCAAGAGAGUGUCGGAGGUGAAGGAAUGUUACAACCAAGCAGUACAAAAAGCUGGCUACAGACAUAGGGAGAGAAGAAAAUUCUUGAGGACUGCUCUCAAGGAACUAGGUUUAAUUUUGACGGAUCAGCCUGGUCUUCUGGGGCCGAAAGCGCUGCUGGUAUUAAUGGGUCUCUCCCACGCGAGGGACGAAGUGCUGUGGCUGCUGAGACACGGGGACAAUCCUCCUAUUCAAGGCAAAGGCAAGGGACGCGGCAGCGAGGAUUUGGUGGACCGUCAGCUGCCAGAGUUGCUCUUCCAUUGCGAGGAAUUGCGAGCGCUAGUAAAAAAAUAUUCUCAGGUGCUUCAAAGGUAUUACGUCCAGUUUCUUUCGGGAUUCGACGCCCCUGCUUUACAUCAGAUGAUACAGAAUCUCCCGGUAUGUCCGGAAGACGAGGGGGCUAUUCUUAGUGAUAUGUGUUCAACUAUAGCUAGUCUAACCGUAAAGCAGGUCGAGGACAAUGAAUUGUUUGAUUUCCGUGCCUUUCGACUGGAUUGGUAUAGGCUGCAGGCCUACAUGUCUAUUGCGAAAUGCAAUAUGAAUCUGGCGGAUAAUAGAGAAUUAGCUUCCUUUAUGGACACAGUAAUCUUCCACGCGAAAAUGGUCGACAAUUUGGACGAGAUGUUGGUCGAGACGUCCGACUUAUCCAUCUUCUGCUUCUACAGCAAGAUAUUCGAGGAUCAAUUUCACAUGUGUCUCGAGUUUCCCGCUCAGAAUCGCUAUAUCGUCGCCUUUCCGCUUUUAUGCAGCCACUUCCAAAGUUGCACCCACGAGCUCUGCCCGGAGGAGCGUCAUCACAUUCGCGAGAGGAGCCUCUCCGUCGUCAAUAUGUUCCUGGACGAGAUGGCGAAAGAAGCCAAGAACAUUAUCACGACCAUCUGCGACGAGCAGUGUAACAUGAGCGACAAAUUAUUGCCGAAACACUGCGCUCUGUUAAUUUCGCAAGUUGUCAAUCGCAAGAAGAAGGAUAAGAACAAGAAGAACAUGUACGAGAUUCACAAGCCCGGUAUAGAGAGCUAUCGGAAGACCCGGGAGGAAUUGACGACGAUGGACAAGCUGCACAUGGCCCUCACCGAGCUGUGUUACGCCAUUAAUUACUGCCCUACGAUCAACGUCUGGGAGUACACCUUCGCGCCGAGAGAGUAUCUGCAUCAACAUCUGGAGUCGCGAUUCGCCAGAGCGCUGGUGGGAAUGGUCAUGUACAAUCCGGACACCAGCGAGAUAGCCAAGCCAUCCGAGCUUUUCGUCAGCGUUCGAUCUUACAUGAACGUUCUUCAGACGAUCGAGAAUUACGUGCACAUCGAUAUCACGCGCGUCUUUAACAACGCUUUGUUGCAGCAAACGCAGGAGCUGGACAGCCACGGCGACAAGACCAUCGCCGCGCUCUACACGCAAUGGUACUCGGACGUUCUGCUGAGGCGAGUCAGCGCCGGUAACAUUUGCUACUCGGCGAAUCAGCGGGCGUUCGUCAGCUUGUCGGUCGAAGGUGCCAUACCGUUUAACGCCGAGGAGUUCUCCGACAUUAACGAGCUAAGGGCAUUAGCGGAAUUGAUAGGGCCGUACGGCAUGAAGAUGUUGAACGAGAACCUGAUGUGGCAUAUCGCCAGUCAGGUGCAACAGUUGAAGAAGCUGGUGGCCGGCAACAAGGACGUGCUGAUCUCCCUGAGGACGAAUUUCGACAAGCCGGAGGUGAUGAAGGAGCAAUUCAAGAAGCUGCAGCAGGUGGACAACGUUCUUCAGCGAGUUACCAUAAUAGGAGUGAUUCUCAGUUUCCGGCAGCUGUCGCAGUCGGCACUAGUCGACGUGCUGGAGGAACGCAUACCGUUCCUCCUGAGCUCCAUACUGGACUUCAGACACCACCUGCCGUCCGGCGAUCCCAUGCGCGUCGUCUCCGAGAUGACGUCGGCCGCCGGCUUAACCUGCAAGGUCGAUCCCACCUUGACGACCGCGCUGCGCAAUCAGAAGGCUGAGGUCGACGAGGACGAGCACCUGCUCGUUUGCCUGCUGAUGGUCUUCGUGGCGGUUUCCAUUCCGAAAUUGGCCCGGAAUGAUAACUCUUUUUAUAGGGCGUCACUCGAAGGUCACUCCAACAACAUACAUUGCAUGGCCACCGCGAUAAACAACAUAUUCGGCGCGCUGUUUACGAUAUGCGGGCAGAACGACAUAGAGGACAGGAUGAAGGAGUUCCUCGCCCUGGCCUCGUCGAGCCUGUUGAGAUUGGGCCAAGAGGCGGACAAGGAGGCGACUCGGAACAGGGAGUCCGUGUAUCUUCUGCUCGACCAGAUAGUUCAAGAAUCCCCAUUCCUGACGAUGGAUUUGCUGGAGAGCUGUUUCCCAUACGCACUGAUACGUAACGCAUAUCACGACGUGUACAAGCUCGAGCAUUCGCAGCCGUGAAUUUGAUAGCGAAACCACGAGCGAGAGACAGGGAGGGGUGCUGCUGCAUUUAUAACUUGCCACUCAGGGCCACUUUUUUUACGUCCACUUGUAACAUCGGAUCACGAAGGGGGGGACUUUGCUAUUAUUAUAUCGUCUGGCCGAGCGAGAGCUUUCCGAAUGGCAUUAGUUUUCGGUUAGUAUUCGCUGAAAAGUACAAGCGUUACGUCAGCGAGAGCAUAAAAAAAGGGUGGUAAAAAAACGCGAUUGUUUAAGAAUUAAUAAAGUUAUCGACAUGUUAUUCCUCGAUAUUUCAGAACAGUACAAGCGCUUGCGGCAUUGUAAUGCACUUUAGCCACUUUUCCCUACGUUGUUUGCGGCAAAAAUCGCGCGUCAUGUUAAUCCGUACAAUUGAGAGAUCUUGUUUAUCGCAAAACAUUUGCAUAAGCCGAUUCUGUCGUUUGCAACGGAAUCUUUUUCUUGAAAUCUUUAUCGAGGACAAUUUGUGUCUCGCGGACUUUCACAAUACAUUCUAAGUGAUAUAUAAUAUGCAUUUUAUAAUGUACAGUAUUCUCCGAAUUGCAUUUCACAUCCGGCUCGUAUAUGUUCGUUAAUAUAAUUGCAUAGAGAAUAUUCGUUAAUAUAAUUGCAUAUCUUGAAUUUCAAUCGAGUUAUUAUUCAAUUAUAAAUCGAUUAUUAUUACACUUUACGUUUAAAGAAUGUUUCUAUUGCACAGGGACGCAUGAUGUUAAAGCUCCCAUGACUUUAAGCUAGAGAUCGCGGUAUUCAUGUAUCACACAGUAGGUAUCGUCAUUUACCCAUUAUGACUUUUUAAUGUACAAUUGUAACUCUUUUACAAUAGUUUAUAUAACAAAUAAAAAUAUGUGUAUAAAA